AUUUGACGUUUGAGAUUUUACUCAUCAGCCGUAAAGUGGGCAGUGUUAUAAUUGUAGAAUUGUUUAUCAAAAUAGAUCAAACUUUUAUUUUAUGUGCUAAAACGUGCUAAACGGGACCAAAGUGAUCUAACCUAAAAUGGCGAACUUGAAGACAGACUUGGAUCAAUAUUUACUGAAAAAUGAAAGUCGUCGAAGUUACAACUUCAGUUUACCUUCAUUCUCUACUCCUAGUUUUAUGCAAAGAAGUACGGAUGAGAGCCCUAGCACCAAUAGUACCGCAUCAUGGUUCGAAAAUGUACAGAAAGAGUACUUCACUUUGAGCCGGACACAAAGGUUUAUGGGCUUUGGUAUAUGUUUAUUCUUUGGAGUACUAUGUUUUAUCCUGUCAUUCCUCUACAUACCCAUACUGCUGCUCCAAGCCAGGAAGUUUGCACUGCUAUUCACAUUAGGAAGCAUGUUUUUUAUAAUCAGUUUCAGUUUCCUGUAUGGCCCAUGGAACCACUUGAAGUCCAUGUUCAGUAAAGAGCGAGCACUCACAACCUCUUUGUACAUGCUGACGCUCAUAGCCACGUUGUACUGUGCACUGCACUUGCAGAGCACGCCAUGGACGAUUGUAUGUGCCGUCUUACAAGUAGUAGCACUUCUAUGGAUGAUGAUGGGAUCCAUACCCGGCGGAUCAUCGGGCAUGCGGUUCUUCGGCAGCAUGUUCAAGUCUUCUGUAUCAAAUACAUUACCAAUAUAACACAACAUGAACCCUGACUGCAACACUUUGAUAUAAGUUUUGAUACAAGUAAAUAAGAUCGUUAUUUUUAUACUUAUAGGAGAUAAAAUCGUGGUUUUAAGGUUUUCUGAACUAAAGAAAAUUUUGUAACAUUGAACAUUGUCUUGUUCUCUUUAUUCAUGGAUUAACAAUUAAAAAUAACUGAUUUUGAAUUGUAUAUGAAACUUGAAUAAAAUUCUCCAGUUCCACUCCUCGUGUUGAAAAACAUUUGCCUUAAGAAAGACUUUAAUUGCUUUGAGCUUCAGUAAAAAAUUUAAAUGAAUUUAUGAAAUUGUGUAAAUUAUGUUAAGUCUUAAGAUACGCAUCAAAUAGCUCAAAAUAACCGAAACAAACGACACAAUAUGUAGUAAAGACGAUAGAUUGCAGCUAAGUAUAUGAAUGUUUACAUAAUGAAUUUCAAAUUCAUUGCGUGUUGGCGUCAUGUUCGCAAUCGCAUCGGGUCACUGAACGCGAAUUUUAACUGUUCAAUAGGUCAAUGUAUUUGUAUUUACUCCAUUGCCCUAUAAAAGUGAACUGGUUAUCAAAAUUAGCGAGAUGUUAAGCAGCUGUUCAAGACCUAAAAUAACGAGCUAUAAAUUCUUUAGGUUCUAAUUUAUACUAUUACGAUGGCACGUCAAUAUUGUCUGUUCCUAAUUUUCGUUUUCAAUGUGUGAGUGUUCUCGAUAUACAGGAUUGUGAUUUUUAUUUUAAAUCUAUUUAUGAAUGUUAUCUUGCCUUAAGGAUGUCAUUCGUAUUUAUCGAAUAUUCUGUCAGAAUUUUUAGAUUAUACUUGUCUCAUCUACUGCCUUGCGAACGAAUAUCUGUUAUCAAUAGUUAUGCUCAAACUUAUUAAAAAUCUAGUUACAAUAAUAUUUUUUGUAGAAAGAUUUAUUCAAAUAAACUUGGCCCUUUUCUUAAGUUCUAUUAUGGAA